AUGGAUGACGCAAUCCGAAUAAGUGACGAGCAGUUCCGCUCCAUCUACGAGAGAAGCUUUAAAAGAUGGGCCCGGCUGUAUUCACAUGUCACCAAAGACUCCCCGCCUCCCGCCUAUUGCCUCUUCACCAAGGACGCGUUUUCUCAACACCCCUUCUUCCCACGCAACCUAAGCCUGAAGCAUGACAACGGCCAGGUUUUCGCCAGCGGCUUAUCCGUUUGGGGAUCCACGGGAGCAACUUGCAAUCACAGGUUGCCGACAUUUCGGCAACCGGUACGGAUCGGUGUCACUCGAAAGGACCCGGUUUCACUCUCGAUAUCAGAGACGGCUCAGCGCGAAUCCAGCUACCCACCAUGGUUCGCUCGCGACGAGAAUUACCUCGCUGUUCUCAUAUUGGCGUGGGCAUAUAUUCUAUCAGCUCGCUGGACAGAGAUCAUUCCUGAGCCCUGCUCUCUAAGGUACACCGACUGCCAAGCGACAUACCAGGACGCUACAACUAGUCAUCUUCAGAAUGCGAUCAACAUAGACAUCGGUAACGUGGAUCCAGAAGAGACUCGAUGGUGGGCAGCCGUUUUAGCACCGGGCCAGGGUUGGCAAGCAACCAUGGCCUUGGAGCAGGACUCAUUCUCGUCACCAUGGUCAAUCCGUCUCCAGUCCGGGCCGCAGUUUUGUUUAUCGCGAGUGAUGAAUGCGUCACCUUCGCCGCAUAUGACCCCGUCAUUCUCGGAAGCCUGCAGCUAUCUGAACAGAUUUUGCGAAUAUCAUAAUAUCAUCGACCAGAGCCAUGCUGCACUGGCCGCCCCGGAAGCAAUCACCGACCUUCCAUUUACUUGCUAUGAUGGCCAAUUGCAUCAUGACUGGAUACACCAAGGCCAUCACCUCGACAAACUUCUCACCUUGAGCUGCAACACCACAGGCAUACGUCCUAUGUUGCUCGGCAUCUUCUACAAGCCCAGUGUAGAAUGCAACGCCGUUACACCAUGGCUCCAAGGAGCUUUAGCUGCUAUUAACCAUUUGGCCGGCAACGAUCUAUACGUUCUUGGGCGCAUGUGUAUGGAACGCGCACCCGAAGUUGCGUACCUCUGGCUUGGCUGCACGAUCCUUGGCCUGCAGAAGAAACUCUUACAAGAUGUUCGGUUUGGAUUAAUACCGACGGACCUUCAUGCAGCUGUUUGGUCGGGAACGGUCCAGUCGUUCAUACAGCAACCUGUAUCACACCCUCUCGUGGUACAUGGACAUGUAGCGCGCGCGGAUGAGUGUCGGCUUCUCUUUCUCUCUCAGAAAAACCAGCACGCUCGCGUUCCGGUCUGUCAGUGGAAACCAUUCGGCGCGACCCCCCUUGAAGAUGUCGACGUCGAAGUACGGGUCCAUGCCGAGUGUGAAGCCCAUGGGCUUCAAUAUCAGGGUUUCUUCUGGGACUGCACCAACGAUGAGUUGGAAUUCCAGUCGUUGGAUGAGGAGGAGGCAGUUGCCCACAUCCCUCGAAGUCGCUCGCCCGCACAAGAGAUCGGCGGUGCGGGACAAGUUCCCGUCUUUUACGAAGCGUUGGAUCGCAGGAAAGAGGUCAUCUCCGAAAACGCAACGCGGAGUAUCCUUGGCUGGCUGCGCUUUGACGGGCAUGCGUGGCACGAAAGGGAGAUAUGGAAGCACGAGUGGUUCGAUAUGUACGACUCGGAUGAAGAAGACGUGGGCUGGAAUGAAGUCUGUUCUAACGAUGGUCCUAAGCCUCCAUCGCGUGUAAAAUCAUGGAUAUCCGGUUUAAACUCGUCAAUAAGUGCGGACUCGGACACAACUUUAUGAAGCCUGGUCGACCCAAAAUCCUGUAUACCCGGUCUGUUAAGAACCGGGAACUACCAGCUCGUUGCACCAAAUGAGCCCGAGCUACUAGCCCCUACUCAGAAGCCAAAAAGGUUGACGUCCUCCUCGUAACCCCAGUCUUUCAAUGCAGGCAACGAGGCUUUCUUAAUCAUUGCAGGCGGCCCACAAACGAACACUCCUGCGCUUUCUCCCGGCUCGAAGAGGUUCUCACGAAUAAUUUGCGCGUUGAUAUGGCCCCUCAAUCCCUUCCAAUCCUCUGCAGCGUGGCUGAGGACAUGGCACACCUUCAGCUGCCCGUUGCUCUUCUUCUCGAAUUGGUCUAGCUCGUCUUUCAACAAGAUAUCCGCCUCUGUCUUAUUCGCAUCUACGACGUUGAUCCGUGUUGUGUCCUUCUCGGAAAGUAGAAUACGGGCAAUGAGGGAAUAACCAGGUGUGAUGCCGGUUCCUCCCAGGACGAGGGAUAC